AUUGUAUUUGGAACUCCGGGCACACAACUGAACGGAUCCGAAGCUGUGUGCAAAUUGCAUGAAUAGAAUGCAAAAGCAAGCCAAAAGCUCUCACGUUGGCCCAAAUUCUUCACAUCUUAACGGAUAUAUUACCACUUCCGUUGCAUACAACAACAAAGGCAGAUGUGCUCCAGCCUACAGUCUAAUUCGUGAUUUAAACUGUAAUGGAAACUGGACAGCAACUCAUGACCAACAACCGGUUGGGCGUUACACCGUACUGUCAAAGAGCGUGACCAAGAGAAAUGGAUUUACCAUGGGUGAAUAUACACCAAGCACGAGUCAAGCGCAAAACCCCAUGGGAUCCGGCCGCUUACAACAGCAUCAGCAAUCUGAACACCCAUACAUUGCGCAGCCGACUCAGCAAGUACCCAGGAAUUCAGCACACGCAGUAAACGGCGGGAAUGAAUGCAAAAACGGCUUUUCUACCACCAGCUUUGAUAGAAAUGACGCUGAUUGUGGAACGUACACGAAUUCGAAAGGUGCCAAGCUUCACUCCGUGACUUCGACGUUUUACAUACGGGACUCAAGCCUCAAUCGCUCCGCAGGGGGAAGCCUUUCCUGCGGUCAACCAAGUCCAUCAUCGACGGUAGAAGAGUCGAUUUCCAGUGCUCUAUCUCCAACAAGUUUGAAGACUGAAUCUAGGCCGCAACAUCCAGGUUACUGGCUGCAUCAUUCAGAGAUCAACCUGCCUACCGAUCACGAUUUCUCUGGUACUCAAGUUAACGGUGUCAGCUUAAACCAAAAAGAGCAACGUGUGGCCAGCGCUGCAAAUCUUGAAUUGGGACAUCGAAGUCGGUGCACUGGAAGCACAUCAACUUUAGACCCCAAAGACAGUCAAUUGUACGGAUCGUCUAACAUGCUUUAUGGUGGUCAGCGGACGAGGAACGAUUCUGAGGAAUAUUUGGGCUCGUAUUCCGCAGGCCCAAGUCAUCGAAAAAUUCAAACUCUCCAUGGAUCGGGAACAUCACAGCGCCGGUUCCCUUCCGACACAACGUUGAACUUCGCGUCCAGAGAUGGGACUCAGGUAUACACAUCCGGCAGUAAACCGGGCCCGGUGACUAUUCCGGCGCGUAGCCGUAGCGCUCAACCAAGUCCAGGACCAAGUCCAAUGGCUAGUCCAAACUCAUAUUAUCGAGCGUCGGAAAGCAAUUUGAAUCAUGAUUAUGGAAUGGACAAACAUUCCAGGAUAAUCAAACCUCAGUCAAUUGAUUUUCAAUUCAGCACCAACCACCGAUCCACAUCUGUUCAGUCCAGCAGUGACCAAUUGCGACAGACGAAUGGAGAGAAUGAAGGAAUAGAAUCUCAAAUUCUGCCAUCCGUCCGCGAAAUUAUCCGGCAGGUUGAGGCAAUGACACAGUCGAAUGCUGCUACGUCGACCACAGAUAUCUCAUCCAUAGGUCGCACAGGAUCAGUUGGUGGAGGCUCAAGAAUUACCAAACAGCAGCAAGAGCAACGGAGUCUUGACCAUUAUGGCAGAGGGGGCAUUCUGCGUCAAACCGGAAGUAGCCAACGAACCCCCAGCGCACCGCAACUUCGUUCGGUACAAUACACCCCAAUGCAAGCGAAGUUCAAUUCCAUUGCAGCUUCCGCAGCGCAAAGUCACUGUAAUGUGGCUCCCCCAGUACCACCGCACGGUACAACACGGAGUAACAAAACGAUCAUUGGUUCUAUCACGCGGCGGCCAGAACCAGCUUACAAUGAGACCAGCCAAAUACAGCGCUUCGAAACCGGUAACACGAGUUCCCAAGCAAGCAAGAAAACGGAACUUCUCAGUAAUUUGCCUACAGAUUAUCAAAAGCUGCGUGAGGCCUUCAUUGAACAAAGACGGGAAAUACAACGUCUUCGAAAACAACUGGCUGAAAAAGAUCUAUUGAUUAGCCAACUUCAAAGCGACAUACGUCUGUAUGAACCUUGGAGAUGAAUAAAUAUAGCUGCCCCCUUCUUACGUUGCCACACUCACAGCCGAACAAUGUUGACGCAACUACUUAACAGAGACAAAAGUUUUCGACUUUUUCUAUCUUCUCAGCCGCUGUUAGCAACUUUGCAUUUUCUUAUCGCCAUUUUAUGUGUAAGUUUGAACUUACCAAAGGGCGAACUUUUCUGCCAUUUGUAAUUGAUUGAGGGACAUCAAUUUCAUGGUUGUACCAGUCCCAUUUCCCCCUCCUUUUCUGCCGCUCAUGUGAUUUUUUAUGCUGUUCCAAAUGGUUCGGUACACAGGAGUGACAUAUGUGAAAGUACCAACUACACGGUACUUGGGUCAGAACCUUGCGAAAUUUCCCUUGCAAUGUAAUUCACGUAGUGCAUUUCCUCGCACGACAAUCGACAAUGUAAAUCUCCCUAGAGGUCACUUUGCCUCUCACAUUUCCUUAGGUCCUCCUUUGUUUGGAUGAAUAAUGAAUCAGUUAAUUGGA